GAGAGAGAACGCGGAGUACGGAGAGAAGGCAGGCCGCAGCCGCGGCCGAGGCUUAGUAAUCAGUGUCGUUUCCGCGCCAGCACCGACCACCACGCGCCAGAUUACGCAGAUUACGUGUGUUACUCUUCGCACGCAUCCACCCACGCACACGCACAGACUCAGAUGAACCCGCGGAUCUUCCUCGUCUGUUGUGACGCGACGAUUGUGACAGUGCGACGCGAAUCGUGGCUAUGGUCAGAGAUUUUCGAAGACCACCGGUGAGACAAUUGUGGAUGCUUCUGAGAAGUGAUUCAGUUAGGUACUUGGGACUGGAUCGUUAGAACAACGGAUUCACAUCGUGUUGCAUCGGAAAUGACUGGUACAUCGCUUGAUUCAUAGCUCCGGGCUAUUCUAAAGAAGAGACGCGUGGAUUGACGUAACUAGGACUGGUGAAUUUUUCAAGGAUCAAGCAUGAAGCUGAGCAGCGUCUCGACUCUUGGCUAACGUUCAUACAACGAAGAACAUGUUGAUCUCUUGAAGAAGGAAGUUCUCAUUUUAAUGGAGGGAUCCGCUCGUGCCGUCUUCGCAACGAUGCGGCGGAUUCCGAGAAUAACGGGCUCGCGAAUCGUUCGGAAUCUCAGUCGGUGAACCUGUCCGAUUACGACGAUUUACACAAACCGGGCGAAGCGUGCUACGAUGACAGUUGCCUGUUGGCAGACGCGUUGACGUUCGGCGGUUCGCGUUGACGUGAAAAAAUCUAAUAACGAGAACCGCGGCAUCGUUCAACGAAUUCUCGUACCGGCAGACGAACAGUUACCGGAGCCAGAGUGUAAACGAAUAAGAACCAGACGGGCGAGUGUCUGCUCAUCAGCGCCAAGAUAAACCAGCAGAAAUUGCGAUGCGUGUUAAGUGACCAAUAGUGAAACUCUUUGAAGACAAUUAUAAUUGGCGAAAUACUUUGUAACUCUCGUUAGCCUUGGUAAUAGAUCUCAAAAGCUAGUGAUCGAGGUUCAAAUAUUUUUGGAACCGGUUCUUCGAUUCAUCUGUACGAGCGCGAAGGAAAAAGAGAAACACUCUUCUUCGGAACGUAAAAGAAAAGGAGACAGUGCUAUCGGCAUGAGUAGCAGCGAGGGCGUGGUGACGGGUCAGGGCACCGGCAGCGAUCGCCUCUGCGAGGACGUUGAUAUGGCAACUUCGACGUCCGCCUCGUCGAACCUGAAGCCGCGGAACGGCAAGAUCAGCUUCAGCGUGGACUCCCUGCUGAGCGACAUGAAGAAGACCGGCAGCGCGUUCGCGAGACGGGAGAACGACGACCGGACGGAAGCCGAGAAGAACCUGGACAUGGAAGCCAGGUACAGAGAGCUUCUUAUCGAACAGCAGCGACUUCAGAGCAGAGAGCUACUAGCCCGGUUGAGUCCACACGGUUUCACGUUUGCCAAUCAUCACCAUCAUCCGUCGAACCGGCUAGAUCAUCAGGAUCAAGCCGGCAGGCAAGAGAUUCUGACGGUGAAAGAUUUCUCAAGAACCGGUAGCCACGAUAAGUCGUCGUCGCCGAUUAGAAUAGAUCAGGAGGUGCAGAGGGAUCGAGAUGAUCGACGAUUAUCCUCGCCGGGAAACAGAAUUGCCGAGUCGUUGAUCCAGAGGGAACGCGAGGACGACGAAAGGAUCGACAGGAUCACGGGUCCUGGAUCCGUGUCACCGGCUAGCAGACGCGAGAUCGUCGACGAUAGAAGCGACUCCGAAGCGAAUCGUUCGCUGGAGGGCGACAGGACCGGGGAUCAUCUGGAUCUCGAGGAUCAAGAGAUCAGAAGCGUGGGUCAGUCCGAGGAUCUAAACGUGAUGGACUCGGACUGUGAACUGGAAAGAGAACUGGACGGGAAUCAGGAGAAGGAGGAAAAAUCGAGCCCGGUAGUGCCUCAACCGAUUCAUCCGGGUGUCCAGAGGCCGUCUCAAGGCCCACCUUACCUCACGGGUGCACCCGGUGCUCCCGGAUGGAAUCCCGCAGGAUUCCCGCAUUCCCUGGCCGGAUUCGCGUGGCUGCCCCCACCCCCGCACCCGCACAAUCCCCAUGGACACCUUUACACUCCUCAUGGGGGGCCUACUAGUCCAAAUGUUUUUCGGAUCGGUUCCAGGGGAUUUGAGACUACCGGGACCUGGUCCGGGCCCGGUCAGGUGCACCCUGAGGAAGCACAAGCCGAAUCGGAAGCCGAGGACGCCGUUCACCACGCAGCAGCUGCUCUCGUUAGAGAAAAAGUUUCGCGAAAAGCAGUACCUGACCAUCGCCGAACGAGCGGAAUUCUCGUCGUCCCUUCACCUCACGGAAACGCAGGUGAAGAUCUGGUUCCAGAACAGGCGGGCGAAGGCGAAGCGUCUCCAAGAGGCGGAAAUCGAGAAGCUGAGACUAUCCGCGAGGCCGUUGUUGCACCCGAGUUUCGGGUCUGGCCUCAUGUUCUCUGGAGUGGGGCCACCUGGGACACCAGGAGUGCCUCCCUUCAUCGCGGCGGCCAUGGCUAGGCACACCCAUGUCGCGGCAGCCAUGUUCAUGGGGCCCCCUGGACACAGGCCUUAAUAAGGCAGAAGCAAGUUGCCACGGGUCCCAAGUCGCUUCGUAUAUCCUGGCCAGUCUGCUUCUUCCGGACCGACAGGAUAUAACGCAUCGAGAGAUCCGAUCGGGCUCGAGAGGUCUAAUCGAACUCGAACCACCAGUGAGAUUGGCUGUAUCGGCGGUCAUCAACUUCCUUCCAGGAAGAGUGAAUCGUGGGAUCCGUUGGAAGCGAUUACUGAAUCAUUGUGCGGUCAUAAAACUGAAGGAAGAAAACUAUACGAUGAUUUGGAUCUGGAGAAGAAUUUAACAAUUUCAAACAAAAGGGAAAUUAUCUACAGAAGAAUGGAAGACUUCUUGAUAAGAUUUCUGAAUUUCAGUAUACGAUGAGUGAGUGUGGAUGACAAUAAAGAAGAAAGAGAAAGAAAAUUCACAUACCAGAAAAUCAGCCCAUCAUCGACGGAGAGACUCUGUAAGGAUUUUGCUUCCAAUGGAUCACCGAAGUGAAUCGACUGACGAUAGUGAAUCAGGAUCGGAGAAGUUGCCGGCGUGUGUUUACUCGCGAUUUUACCGUCGCGAUUCUCGAAACUCGAGGACCCGUCCUCGAGAACGUGACGGCGAACUUAAAAUCGUUUCGCUUUUAUUUUUCUACGAUCGUGCAAUGAAGUGCAAAAAGAACAAUAUUGGACGGUAUCUGCGAGAAUACGCAUUUACGAUUGUUACCCGAGAAACCUGACAGCAUUUAAGACCGCAUUUCAAGGUAUUGAUCUCACGUGAACGACGAUAACGAACAAUUGUACAUAUUGUAAAUAGAUGUGUAUCAAGAUUCGCGUUAAGUGUACGUAUGUAUAUACAAAUGAUAUUAAUAUAUCGACGCGUGUACAGGACGUUCGAAUGCCAAUUCCGACUCGUUAAACUCGGACGAUCGACGGAAAACGUAAAAUAUCUUAACGACAUUGUAAUCCCACGACUCCGCAGUGUUUCAAUCGACCCGUUCUCGUCGGCUUGUUUCCUUCUCCCGCAGGAGGGAAUUUACGGACGCGAUAACUGACUUAGGUCGAUAAAAAAAAAAAAACCGUGAUACGUAUCCGAUCUAGAACUGCACAGCAAGAAUACCUGCUCCUAAAUCGUUCUUCAACGGUCGAACUAAGUCGAAGACGUUCGACCAGCGGAACGCGUUGCUCGUUUCAAUAAUUCGUUUAUCGAUACAGAUACGCAGAUAUUCGAAAUUACCUGACACAGUGUCGAAUAUUCUCUAACUAUGCGUAACUAAACGGAGCAAUAAAUUUCAUAGGAAAUCGAAUGAGAACUCACUUGUUUUGUCGGGGGAGAAUCGUGAAUGGUUCUGAUUCAGUGAGUGCGGAGGUUCCUCCAAAGGCAGGUGAACAAGAAAAAAGCCAGAAAGCGUGUACAUACAUGUGCGUAUCUAGAAGUGUGAAUUUGGUAGCUACGAUUCGGGACUUAUCGAUAGUACUGGGAUGACGACGUGGUCCCAGAUGUACUUAAGCGCCCUGUAUAAAUGUAAUAUGAUAAUUUAUCCAUUGGAAGUAUACCAUAGCAAAAUAAA